AGAGAGAGAGAGAGAGAGAGAGAGAGAGAGAGAGAGAGAGAGAGAGAGAGGCACGACGCGAAGCACGCGAGGAGCAGCGCGUCGUUCGCUCGGAACUACCUCGGACUCGCUCUCCGGGGAACCUGGGGAAUUCGCGGAGAUCGCGUAAAUGCGCCGGGUCGGACGGUGGACGACGAGCAAGCCGGAGAGGGGAGGACCGGGGCAGGAUCGGCAGGAGGAGGUGCAGGAGGACGACGACAGCCGUCGGACGACAGGAGACGUCGACGAGGCGUCACGACGGCUACCGAGAGGCGACAGAGUCUCCGGCUUGAGGAUUUUGCUCGAGAACUCGCGGCGCUGUCGUAAGAGGAGGCUGCGCUCUCGAGUCCUCCAGGGUGAACGGCAGCCGAGUUGGAGGUUCUUCGGGGUGGUCAUCGGGGUACCGGCGGUUUAGGAGUGCGAGAUUCGUCGUGCCUCGACUAUGUGCCGGCGUCUCGAGGGUAUCCGGCUGCUGGGAUCGUCGCCGGUGAUUGUGCGCGGCAUCGUCGCGACGGAACGCAAGACGUGACUCCGUUCACGCGUCAGCUGACCCGACGAGGUCGCGGGAGACAAAGGCGGAAAGAGGUUCACGAUGGCUCUCGUGAUGUUACCGUGCGACUUGCCCUGGUGGCCGGCCGUAGUGAAGCAGCUGGACAAGGCCGCCGCAGCCAGGAAGUCCGAGGAACUGAUAGACGCGAUGCAACGGCUACAUGACAUGUGCAACAUAAGCCUCGAUCCCGAGGAAGACGUGCAGGACCCCGACCUGUUCGCUGAACUGGCGAGCUUCCUAGACAAAGAUCUCGAGCUCGCGGAGAGGGAGCAGGUGUUCACGAAGACAAUACCGCGGAUGGUGGAGAGGGCGAAGGCUCUGAGAACUACGAAACCGCCGCAAGGUUUACACUUUAGCUUACAGCAGCAAGGUGAUAGCGUCGAGUACAGUUACGCCUUCGUCUCCUCCUUAAUAGCGAACGCGUUCUUCUCGACGUACCCCAAGAGAACCACCAAAACCCACCCCACGUUGCGCGACUUCAAUUUCACCAAUUUCUUCAGACACCUUCACAAAAACGCACAGAGAGCUAAGCUCAAAAGCAUCUUUCACUAUUACAAUUAUCUCGAGACGGAGCAUGCGCUCGAUGGCCGCCUGAUAAUUUCCAGACAGGUGAUGACGUCCAAACAAUGGUUGACUAUCGAGGAUUGGUUGGAAAGUAACGUACCUCUGUGUCCGUUAACGAUACGCCACGAGGGACGGUUGGAGAGGAUGGAGACGGAGUCGAAGAUGCUGCAGGUUUGCUUUGCGAACGCUAGAAUCGGCGGUGGAGUGCUCGAUGGGGAUGUCACGCAGGAAACUGUGCAUGUGGCGACGCAUCCCGAGAUGCUCGCCGCGAUAUUGUCCGUCGAGGCCUUAGAAGACAACGAAGUACUGAUAGUCGAAGGUGUGAGGCACAUGUCGAGGAUAAACGAUCCGCGGCACAAGGCGAUCUUCGAGGGUAUCCCGAAGCCGAACGUGGUCACGGUCUGCUGCAUAGACCCUGAGGACUACUCGCAGUUACCGCUGACGCAGUUCGAGGAGGACAACAUUUUGCGCGAGAUGAACAAGUCGCUGCUGGGUUUCCGUCAGCGGCACGUACCCAGCAGCCCUACGGAUCCGAUCAAGACGGACUCGGAGGCGGAGAUCGGCCUAGGUUCACGUAGACUAUCGCCAAUCGGCGAAAGCUUUAGCAGUACGCCGCCGGAAACGGAGGGCGAGGACAAAGUCUACGGUAAUAUCAAGAAAGACAAGCAACCCCCGCGCGACGACUGCGGCAAAUUAGACGGCGCGACGCAGGAGACGCGCAGCAGGCCUAACGGUAAAUCGAUGAGACCGCCGAGCCCGCACAAGAUGUGCAAGGACGCGAGCUGCACCAACAACCGCAGGAAUCGCUUCAUCGUGCUAGGCUCGAGCGGCGAAGUGCUGCCGGUGACGCGCCAGUCCCUCGGCCAGAUGUCGGUCUACAGCAGCUGCAACAGCCAGAGCACCGACAGCUUCCACAGCGCUAAGGAGACCAUCGACGAGGAACCCGGGGAGGAGGAGCACAAAUUAACGAAACGUUACAGCGCACAGCUGGACACACCCGAGAGGCGAGGGACCUUCGCGCAGCGGCUGAAGGACGCCCUGAAGCGGGAGAGCACGGCGACUGGCGCGACUUCUUCCAACACCUCGUCCGGCGAGAGCAGCUACGCAGUGGGCAUCAGCGUCAGCGGUAGCCACGUCUGCGAUCAGGACAUCAAGGUGAAGAGAGGGGGCUCGAGGGGCUUCGUCCUUCGCGACGAGACGGUGGACGAGGAGUUUCUGAAGGAAUCCUUGGAGGCCGAGCAAAAGUGGCUCGGCCGGUUCCGGCAGAGUCAGGGGCCUAUGUUUCAGCGGAAGGACACAAGUGCGAGCAGCAAAUACAGCUUCAGCACGGAGUACAACUCCGAUUUCUGCUCCGAGCUGGAGGAGGUCUACGAGCAGCUGUCCAAGUGGCUGGAGGACCCGAUAGUGGCGGACGAGAGCGGCGGUCGGGAGCUGGACGCGAGGGACCGAGCGGUGGUGCGAUUCGCCGGUUCGCUCCUCAAACGUGCCCUGAGCGAGUCGUUCGCCGGUGUGCCGGUCCAGGAAGGAGAGCCUCAGCCGUUCAUUGACUCCAACGACGUGAAUCAACGGCACAAGCUGGCAUUGGCCGUGAGGAGUCUCAGCCUGGAGCUCGCUCGCCAAAAGAACCGAAGGCAGCAAUCAGUGUCUGAGUCGGAGGGUGUAGAUCGCUACGAGGACGCCUCGUGCGACACGGUAAGAGAGGCGAGGGACUCCCAACGUAGGAAACUUUGGGCCGUUACGCUCACGUCGGAAGUGUUCCAAACAUUGGUCGAUGAUCAGACCACCGUCCUCCUGUGCCCGCCGGGACCGGCGGCUCCCGGCGCGAACGCGUCGAGCCUCGUCGACGCCUCGAGCCGAGCGGCGAGCGCGAAAUGCGCUCCGGGUGCACUCGGUGCCGAGUUGCCGCGCGAGAACAGUCCUCAAGGCGGAGGGAUGCUGCCGGUGGCUACCGGUAACUGGGGAUGCGGGACUAGAUUGAAGGGUGACCCGCAGCUCAAGUUGGUCAUCCAGUGGCUCGCAUGCUCGUUGGCGGGCGCGCCCAGACUGAUCUACUACACUUCGGGCAACGCCAGUCUGUCUAAGCUGGACACCGUGAGCAGAGUUCUGAUGGACAGACGUUGGUCAGUGGGUGACCUGGCGGCCGCGACUCUCAGGUUCGCCGUGCAGGCGAUCGAGGAGCGAGUCGAGGGCAAAAACAGCCUCUUCGAGGAGAUAAUCGGCAUGGAUAAGCCGAGUCCUUAGCCCGACACGAUGCUGUCCGUUCUGGUGGACAUGCUGGCUACUAUGAUCGAGGACGGCCUAUUGCGAACCUAACAAUGUAUAUCACAAUGUAUCUCCUUCGCGGGGAGAAACACAAAAACAGAACGGGUAUUUAACUGUAGCGACGCAGAAUCGAGGAAACUAUUCUAACUCGUACAAGCGUAGCUUUAGAUGAAACGUGUUAUAUAAACGAGUUUAAACGAUUACUCAUAACAGAUAUCGAGUCUUUAGAGAGCCUUGUUUUCGUAGAAAGACGGAGAGGGAGAGUCUUCCCCUCUCCCUCUCUCUCUCUCUCUCUCUGCAGUCAUUCUUUUGUUUGUACUGUUUACUCGUCUAGCAUAUCAAAAUGAUAUCAGGUAAACUUGCACAAUUCAUCGUACAAGGCAAUAUAUCAAAUAGAGAGACGCUAGCGUAGUGUCGCUGCGAUAUUUUCUAGACUAUAAAUGUAGAAGCGUUUGUCUGUCGAUGCGAUUCGCACGCCUAGAAUCGCUCCCGCGUUCCUCCAACAAGCGAUGGGCGACGGAGAUUAUAUACUAUAAUACCGGAAGUUCAGUUGUCGGUUAAUAUCAUUGUCAUGGUGAGAGAGCGUGAGAAGUUCUUUAUAAUUUCUGCGCGAUAACGGUCUAGUCGGUGUAUGUACGAGAGGUCAAUUCUGAUUUUACUUUAUAUACGAAACGAGUAACUGGACGCAGUUACAUGCAAUAAUUACUGAGGCACAAUAUAUUAAACUAUAUUUUGU